AUGGCAUCUAGAGUGUCUACGUCACCGCGUUUACUGCAAUUCCGAUCGAAACAUCAACACAAUCAUCCGAGUUGUUGGAAGUGUAAAAAAGAUGUGAAGGAUCCGAUUAUUUGUCAGAAAUGCAACGUAAUCCAACCGGUCACCAGUGGACAAGACUAUUUCAAUUAUAUGGGAGUGAAAUUCGAUUUUCGUUUGGAUCAGGAAGAGUUGAAGCAAAAGUAUGCAUAUAUAUGGAUAGGCUGA